UGAAAUGUCAGGAAUGCUGUUGAGCAACUCUCAUCUGUAAUGAAGCAUGGCUGCAAAGGAAUAUGACAUCAACAUACGCCAUGGAUGGAUCUUAAAGGUUUGGUGUGGAUGGAAGUAAUUAGCUACCAACUGUUUCUGGUCAAAAAUCUUAUGGCAAUCAGUGGACUGUUUGGUUACUGUCAGUUAAUUCUGAUUAAACUGCAGAUGUAGGUUAAACAAGUGGUAAACACCUAGAAAUCUACCUGUUUAAUCAAUAGCAUUUCAGUUAUUUAGUCAACAAUUUAAUUACAAAUGUUUAAGUAUUCAAUGUAAAUGAUUGCAGGUUUCCAUUUGUAUGAUAUAAAAUGAAAUGCACAAAAAUGGUGCAGUUUUCUACGGGUCUCGGCUGCAGCACCAACUUUAGCCGCUGCCGCGGAGACCUGCGCCUUUAAAGGUUCCCAGAACUGUUACCAUAGAAACGCUACAGAGUCGUGAGUCUUCUGCGGGAAGGAGAGUAAAACUUGGAGACCGUACGGUUUACUCUGGCUGAAAUUUGAAAAAACAACACAUAAAGUCAUGUUCUCGCAGCUAACGCCUGAGGAGUCGGCUUCAAGGAUGUGGACAGCAGCGGGACGCGACAGUAGCUAUGUCCUCGUAGAGCUACAAGUAUUACAGCGAGAGCAGGAAGAGCUCAACGCUAAGUACGAGGAAAGCAAACAGGUGUUGGAGAGUUUGCAACAGCGUGAAGAGGAGUUGCACAAGAAGAUAAAGGAAAUGCAAGACCUGCAUUUAAGCUUUGACAUGUAUCACAAGGAUGAAGAAGCUAAUCGAGCAAUCGAGAAAGCAGAGCAGGAGAGACAAAGGGUGCUUCAAAAAGAGGCAGAGAUAGAGAGGCUGAAGGAGCAGUUGGCCAAACUGACUGAGGAGAAACAGGAGCUCGAGCAUCAGGUGAAGAGACACUCUGUGUACAGAGAUCUCUUGGAGCAGCUGCUCAAAAUAACUAAGUUUAAAGAUGUGGCGGCGCUCACAGAUCAUUUAGAGAGUCUCUUCCACUUCAGAUGCCAGCUCUCUGAGAGGGAGAGUAAGGCACAGGAGCAGGCUGAUGAGCAGAGAAAAGCACUGCUGACACUGGAGCAACAGCACAACCUGCUGUUGCUGCAGAGGAACAACCAGCUGUCUCAGCUCCAGACCAAGCUGGAGAAAACUCACUCUGAAGGUCUAAUAUGGGAGAAGAAAUGGAAUAACAUACAGGAAACGGCUGCCAGGAAAACACUGAAGCUGGGACAGAUUAAGAUGGCAAUUUUAAAUCUGUAUGAAAUGACUGGUGGCCAGGUAGGAGGAGAGGAAGGUGUGGAUGUGAAUGACACUGAGAAACAGCUGGAGCAGGUCAAGCAGUUCUUCGAGGACCAGACGGACAUAGUGCAACAAUAUCAGCCUCACUCACAAAGGCGUAACAAUGAUCAGGGAAAACAGAAAAGCAAAAAACCCACAAAUAAAGAAAUGUGAACAGAC